GCGGCGCCACUCCACAGUCACAGGGUUACAUUUAGGAGUUUCGAAGAGAGCAGGGUCAACCCUUGGACGAGUCUUUCCUUCAAGCCCGCCGUACCUCCGCUAGUGCACAGCCUUCACAAUUUUGUGCUAUUACCAUAUUGCAAUGGCUGAACCAGAAGAUCCAUCCAAAAACCUGAGUUCUGCAGAAUCAGUUGAUAUCCAUCCAGAAAAUGACUCAUCCUUUCCAUUAUCCUCCCUGGCCAAUUUAUUUGAAGGAGAAGAGAAUGUUCAUACCCCAGAACUACCUCGGCAUGUUGACAACAAGCCAAAUUUACGUAUGAAAUUCCAAGGAGCCUUCAAGAAGGGAAUCUCCAAUCCUAUGGACCUUCUGGAAUACAAUAUUUAUGAGUCCCCUGUAGUUCCAGCACCCAAAAAGGCUCCUAUGGACUCACUUUUUGACUAUGGUACCUACCAUCAGCCCAAUGAACAAAAACGUAGAAGGAAGAAGAUUCCUCAUGACAAACUGAAGACAACUACAGCAGAACCAGCACCCAAUCCACCUCCUGUUCUCAAGGUCUUCAACCGUUCCCUGCUGUUUGAUGCAGUAUCACGAGGAAAUGUAGACGACUUGGAAGGCUUGCUUUCAUUUUUGCAAGCACACAAGAAGCGGCUAACGGAUGAGGAGUUCAGAGAGAUUUCAACAGGAAAGACAUGCCUCCCAAAAGCCCUAAUGAACCUCUAUGGUGGCCAUAAUGACACUAUCCCUUUGUUGGUGGACAUUGCUGAGAAGACUGGCAACCUACGGGAGUUUAUCAACACACCAUUCAGGGAUGUUUACUAUCGAGGUCAAACAGCUCUCCAUAUCGCAAUAGAGAGGCGCUGCAAACAGUAUGUGGAACUCCUUGUGGAGAAGGGUGCAGAUGUACAUGCCCAAGCACGAGGCAGAUUCUUUCAGCCCAGAGAUGAAGGUGGCUACUUCUACUUUGGAGAGUUGCCCCUCUCAUUGGCUGCCGGCACUAACCAGCCUGAUAUAGUGCACUACCUCACAGAGAACUCGCACAAGAAAGCAGACUUGCGACGACAAGACUCCAGAGGCAACACUGUGCUCCAUGCACUUGUGCAUAUUGCAGACAACACCCGCGAAAAUACUAGAUUUCUUACAAAGAUGUAUGAUCUACUGCUGAUUAAGAGUGCAAAAAUGUAUCCUGACUGCAGUCUAGAGAGCAUACUCAACAAUGAUGCCAUGUCCCCCCUUAUGAUGGCUGCUAAGCUGGGAAAGAUUGGGGUGUUCCAGCACAUAAUUCGCAGAGAGAUAAAAGAUGAGAAUGCUAGGCAUCUGUCUAGGAAGUUCAAGGACUGGGCAUAUGGUCCAGUCUACUCUUCGCUUUAUGACCUCUCAUCACUGGAUACUUGUGGAGAAGAAGUCUCAGUAUUGGAGAUCCUUGUAUACAACAGUCGCAUCGAGAAUCGUCAUGAGAUGAUGGCUGUGGAGCCCAUCAAUGAGCUUCUUCGAGAUAAAUGGAGGAAGUUUGGUGCUGUCAGCUUCUACCUGAGUGUAGUAUCAUACCUAGUAGCUAUGAUAAUCUUCACUCUGGUAGCCUACUACCACCCUUCUGAAGGCACGCCUCCAUAUGCGUACCAGACAACGUUGGACUACUUGCGUCUGACUGGAGAGAUCAUUACCCUGUUUAGUGGGAUCUUCUUCUUUUUUUCUAAUAUCAAAGACUUGUUCCAGAAGAAAUGUCCAGGAGUGAAUUCUUUAUUUAUUGAUGGCUCAUUUCAGCUUUUGUAUUUUAUUUACUCAAUCCUGAUCCUAGUGACAGCAGCAUUAUACUUGUCUGGAAUCAAAGCCUAUGUUUCUGUGAUGGUGUUUGCUCUGGUGCUGGGCUGGGUAAAUACGCUAUACUUCACCAGAGGGCUUAAGCUCACAGGAACAUACAGCAUUAUGAUCCAAAAGAUUCUGUUUAAGGACCUAUUUCGCUUUCUGUUGGUUUACGUACUGUUCAUGAUUGGAUUUGCUUCAGCUCUUGUUUCACUUCUUAAUGUAUGUCCUAGUCCAGCCCCUGAAUGUCCAGGUGGUCAAUGUCCACCAUGUCGAGACAACACCACCUUUAGCACUUUUUUACUGGACCUCUUCAAGCUCACAAUUGGAAUGGGUGAUAUGGAUAUGAUCAGUAAUUCCCAGUCCCCUGCUGUCUUCCUCAUUUUGCUAAUCUCCUACAUAAUCCUCACCUUUGUGCUGCUGCUCAACAUGUUGAUUGCCUUGAUGGGAGAGACAGUGGGCCAGGUUUCCAAGGAAAGUAAACAAAUAUGGAAGCUGCAGUGGGCAACAACUAUCCUGGACAUUGAACGUUCCUUCCCAGUGUGCAUAAGAAAGGUCUUUCGCUCUGGAGAGAUGGUCACAGUAGGCAAGAACAGUGAUGGCAGCCCUGAUCGCCGCUGGUGCUUUAGGGUGGAUGAAGUAAACUGGUCUCACUGGAACCAGAACUUAGGCAUUAUAAAUGAAGACCCUGGAAAGAGUGAACCAUACCAAUAUAAUGGUAUUUCACACACUGCAAGGGGACUCCGGAGGGAUCGCUGGUCCACUGUGGUGCCACGUGUUGUAGAGCUCAACAAGAAUUCCAAAUCAGAGGAGACAGCUAUACCAAUGGAUCAAUUUGAGCCACUGAACCCCAAUAAUCUCAGAAGUUCCAUCAAACCUCAGAACUGGAAAAGGCUUGAAGAAAACAAGAUCUAGAUAUUUCAGUUGGGCUGUAACGCAGGUUUGCGAAUUUUCACAAAUGCACCAUGUUUUUCUCUUCUCCCUAAUUUUCUUAGCUAUAUAUUUUUUUUUACUUCUUACAGCUAAUUUUUAAAAACAUUUUAAACAUUUUAUAUUGAGAAAAAACUUGUAUUGAUCAGGUUUUUCUCCUGAUUGGUUUACAGUUUUGCAUAAUUUUAGUAGGUUUGGUUGCAAAGUUGACCCAUUUCAUAACUUUCUGAAGUAAUCAACAGGUGGAAGGUAGUCUUACUGUGGAGAACAACUUUUUGAGCAGUAACCGAUGAAAAGAUGCAGACUAUUUUUUAUAAUUUUUGGAGGACUAAGUGAAAUGAAAAGCUGCUAAAACUUGACCAUUUUGAAGGGGAUGGCCACCCUUUACUACUUUGAAGACAAGAGUUGUAUAAAACCAGCUUGAAAGAGUUCUUCUUUAUAGACAAUGCUUUGACACAAACAUUUUUUAUGAAUUGUUUUGGACUUCCUGAAAAUGCAGUUGCUGCAUAAAGCCUGACUUUUUCAUACUGAUAUGCUAUGGGGAAAACAACAUUUUAUCAGGUUUAUAAAAAGGCUGGGUGGAUAAGAAAGCCAGUCACUCAGAGUGUAUGCCAAAAAGGGGAUAGAGAUGAACAUCUGAUUAUGUGAGUUGGAGUCCUGAAACAGGUAAAAACAUUUAAGAUUUACAGAAGCUGACCUGAGACCUGCUUUCAGUUGUACCACAGAUGAGUGAGGUUAGAUGCUCAUGGUCAGCAGUGAGCCAAUCAUGUAUCCGAAGCCAUAGAAUAUGCCAGUGCUUGACCGAUUCCUUUUAAUAUAGUUUGUGUAUUGAUGCCAAUUGAAUAGCACCCUCAAAAUCUACCAAACAAUUUCAUAUUCCUGUGAAGGUAAAAAGAGGUGUAUAUUACUCCACAAGAAAUAUGAAGCUUAGUAAUUUUAAAAUGAACCUCCAUUCAAGUAAAUCUUUUUUAGAAAACAAAGCAAUUUUUUUAUUUAUCAUCACAGGACAAUUAACCACAUUAUCACAAAAACACAAUUAUUACAAUAAAUCUCUGAAUUAAAUGUUGAAAUCAACAUGUUAUCCUUGCAUUGCUAAGUGAAACUGUGAAUCUAUAUAUUUUUCUAACUAAAAUAAAAUGUACACUGUGACUUGUAACAUUUGGAGGAAAACAACAUUUAAUAUUCUUACCUUCAUUUAGGAAAACCAUUUAAAAUCCUCUACAAAUAAAAGGCAUCCCUUCUGUAUGUAAGAACAGAAUUCCAGAUGCUCACCAACAUUCAAAUGGGCCCUCUAAAUUGUAUUCCUCUAUGAGGCAGAAUAUUUGGAAAGAACUUGCAAUGGGUCAGAAGAGGAGUUGUGAAAAUGUAAUUUUGGCUUGUAAGCUCAAGUGCCAAAUAUGAGGUACCAAAUACAGUAUCCUGCUCCAAACUGGAUUAUUAUUAACUGGAUUGCUACGUUCUAUAUUAUUUUACAAAAAAAUUGAAGUUGCUGCAUUUAUAAUAAGUUUGUAAGGUCUUACUGUAGAAAUGGAGUAUCACUGAGUCAAACAUGCCCUAUGAAUUGAUUAUGGUAAGGUGAGAUAGGGAGUGAAAGUUGGAAGAAGCUGGACAUAGGAUAAUGGAUUACACUUCUUUUUUAAUGCAAUAAUGGUGUAGUAAGAUUGAAAUUAAAUGGGUGAUUAAGACAGAAUGUUCUUGCGGUA